UUUAGGGGGGUAGAGAAAGAGAGAGAAGGUUUAGAAGCGCUGAAUGUGAGUCUCGGUGCCGAAUCAGAUCUGCUGUUCGCGGCCAAUUGGCGUCUCGAAUCGGAAGGCAGCGAGGUUACCGGUCAAUUGGCGCUAUCGUGCUUUCGCCAUACUCUUGCGGCCAGCAGCUGGUCCCUUCUCUCGCAAGCACCGAAUCCGGCUCGAGACAAAAUAGCACCCAGCAUUCCCCGCUGUCCGUCAUGAUGAGCAUGCGCUCUCUCGGAAACGCCGAAUUGGGUGGUUUGGAUAGAGCACUGUUCAUGCCGCAGAGGAUCGUGGAUACCGUUUUCUGAAAUUGAGAGAGCAAGUUCCCCAAGACGACACUGCUGACCAGUGCCAAAUUCAGGAUGGUACAUCUACUCGACCACGGAAGUCUUGAGUAGAACCUUUCGAUCAUUUGUUCAAACACCUUGCACACAGAACUCAGUCAAAAUUCACAGAAGUCCAAAUAAGAGUCAAUCAGUGGCAGGGUGGAUGUUGAUUUGCAAAUGAGGUUCAUUCUAAGGGGCAUUAGAAGAAGAAAAGUUAAAAUCAGAAAUCUCGAACACAAUGUCAUAUCCAGAUCUGAUCGUAUCAUUUGAUUAAUCAGAUCCUUAUUGUUCGCGGCAUUUGAGUGUGAAAUGAGAUAGGUUUGUUCCAUUUGACUGUGCAAAGGAUUUCAAACAUCAAUGUGACUGACAAAACACCAAGACCCAGACACAUGACUGAAAGUGCUCCAAUGCACUGACUGUGAAAAUAACUUUGUUAUUUCGAGAAGAUAAAUAACUGUUGCAGCAGGAGCAACUGUACAUUUGUACAUUGUGUGGACCAAGACUUCGACUCAUCAUCCAACCUCGAGAGACACCCAUAGUAUGGAGAGACCAUGGAAAUGUGAUGACUGUGGAAAAGGAUUCAAUUACCCAUCUCAGCUGGAGAUUCAUCUACGUAGUCACACUGGAGAGAGGCCAUUCAGCUGCUCAGAAUGUGGGAAGUGUUUUAGAGAAUCAUCUAAUCUGCUAAAACACCAACAGCUUCACACAGGGGAGAGGCCAUUUACCUGUUCUGUGUGUGAGAAAGGUUUCACUCAGUCCUCUCACCUGCUGACACACCAGCGAGUUCACACUGGGGAGAGGCCAUACAGUUGCUCUUAUUGUGUGAAGACAUUUACCCGUUCAUCCAACCUUUUGAAGCAUCUGCGAGUCCACACUGGAGAGAGGCCAUUCACCUGCUUUAUUUGUGGGAAGGGAUUUACUCAGUCUUCUAACCUCCUGACUCACCAGCGGGUUCACACUGGGGAGAAGCCAUUCACUUGUUCUGUUUGUGGGAAGGGAUUCUCCCAGUCUUUCCACCUACUGACCCACCAGCGAGUUCACACCAAUGAGAGACCUUUCAAAUGUUCUGGCUGUGUGAAGACUUUUGCACGUUUAUCAAACUUGAAGACACACCAGCGAGUACACACUGGGGAGAGGCCAUUCACCUGCUCUGUGUGUGGGAAAGGAUUCACUCAAUCAUCCAAUCUGCUAAAACACCAGCAAAUUCACAACUGAUUGCAGAUAAUGGACCUUGGCCUUGUCACUGCUGGUAAUCACAUCUAGGGUUGAUCCACCUUGUGAAGCUUGGGCUUUGUUUCUGCUGAUGGAUCUAAACUCUGGUCUGAUCACAUGGAUUAUUAUUCUGAAAAAUAGCUUGGUUAGUCACCUUAAUUUAUUCAUUUAUCCAAUAUAUUUAACAAUUUAUAUUUACAGCUCAACAACACACAAAUAUCCAAAGA